UUUCUGAUACUUCAUAUCAAAACCUCUGUCUUCUCUGCUAACACACUACUGCUACUUCACAAGAAAAUAUUAAUCAUUAUCAUCAAAUUCAAACCCCUUCUCUAUCUACUCUCCAUCAAUCAUCAUCACCACUUUCAAAUCUCUCACUCAUUCUUGAUUUCACACUAAAAAAACUCUGUUUAUCUCUCAGUCUCUGUUAAUGGCAGAAAACUUUGAACCCUACCAUAUCCCACAGCAAAACAGAAGAAACAAGCUCAGGAACACUCAAGAACAAGAUCAGGAAUUCACAAUUAUGAAUUCUUUUCAAGAAAAUCCGUAUCAAGGCUUAUCUUUAUCUUUGAAACAGUGCAACAAUGGUGGUUUUGAUGGUAAUGGAGUUAGAAAUUUUGUCCCGUUAGGUCCGUUUACGGGUUACGCGUCGAUUUUGAAAAAUUCGAGAUUCUUGAAACCUACACAGUUGGUUUUUGAUGAUGUUUUUGGCUCUGUGAAUUGUCAAGAUUUGAAGUUUUCUUCGGAUUGUUUUGGUGAAGAUGAAGGGUUGCAAGAAAACGUUGGUUUAAGUGAUGUUUUAGAACAUCAAUGGAGGAAUUCUAAGCUUAUGUUGAUGCUUGAUGAGGUAUACAGAAGAUACAAAUUAUAUUUCCAGCAAAUGCAGUCGGUUGUGGAAUCAUUUGAAACUGUUGCUGGCCUUGGCAAUGCAGCUCCCUAUAUUUGCUAUGCCAUCAAAAUUGUUUCCAAACAUUUUAGUUGUUUGAAAAAUGCCCUUCUAGACCAACUUCACUUCAAAGGAAAAAUUUCUGAUGAUGGUAGCAAAAAAGUUCGGUUUCGGGCAGCUGAUGAACAAUGCAGCAUCCAAAACCAGAAUCCGACACUCAAUUUCGGCUUUCUUCAGCAUCCCGUUUGGAGAUCUCAAAGAGGAUUGCCUGAUCAUGCAGUCGCUGUGCUCAAGACGUGGUUAUUCGAACACUUCUUGCAUCCUUAUCCCACUGAUUCCGAAAAGCAAACCCUAGCUCAACAGACAUGUCUUUCAAGAACUCAGGUUUCGAACUGGUUUAUAAAUGCGAGAGUGAGACUUUGGAAACCGAUGGUGGAAGAAGUAUACAAGCUUGCUUCGCAGCAAGCACCGGUACCAAUAGAAGCACGUACUCGCGACCCCAAUGAGGUAGCUAGUUUCCCUAUGGAGAAACUACACUGGACCAGUUAUCAGCAGAAGGCAGAUAACAAUAAUGUUCGGACAAAGCGCUCAAGAAAUGAACUUGCUAACAUACCUAUGCAGAUACAAGAACAGAGGAGUGUAGCUUUUGACAAUUCGGCCAGGCAUUACCAAACUGGUAUAAGCGGUAGCGUUUCAUUGGCGUUGGGACUUCAUCAGAAUAAUGGAAUAGACUUAGUACGGCCAACGCCCAUCAACUUAGCUCAGCAUGUAAAUCUGGAAAUGAUUAGCAUGAUGGGUUCAGCAUCAGCCGUAAAUUUUCACACGCAGCACCAGCAUUGAUCGAUGAUCUCAAUCUUCAUUAGAUAGUCGAUAAGAAGGAAAGGGUAGUGGCCAAUAAUCAAAAAGAUUGAUCAUCAAUUCCUCAUGAAUCAUAAUGCUCAGUAUAUUUAUUUUGUUCCUUUUUCUAUAUGUAAUAGUAGAUGAACUUGCAGGCAAUUUAGCGCGUUUAGGGGCCAAUAUAUGCCAAGUUUGGAGUAAUAUUACACUAACUGCCUCAUCAUUGCAAAAUUUCAUUCGUACAUCAAUUGUCUUUAAACUUUCAC